AUUCGUUAACGGCUCGAAGCGGUUGUGUAUUUCGGCGGGCUGACUGUCGUCUCGGGACAAAUUUGAAAACUUGUUUUUGUGUUACAUUUAUAAGACACUCCCCAGGCCUACAUAUACAUGUUAGCGACCCGUAAUUGCAGGCCCGUACAUUUUUAUAGUCAUUGAAACCGACGCGAUUACGACAAUGUCUAGCAAUCAAGCGAGUUCGGUGUUGGUGUUUUUUGUGAAUGGAAAAAAGGUGAUUGAACCUAAUCCGGAUCCGGAAUGUACUCUACUUACCUACCUUCGUGACAAACUGCGGUUGUGUGGCACCAAGCUAGGAUGUGCAGAGGGCGGAUGCGGUGCCUGUACCGUAAUGGUGUCACGCCUGGAGCGUUCUGACAACAAGAUCCGUCACCUGGCGGUUAACGCCUGCCUCACGCCCGUGUGUGCCAUGCACGGCUGUUCAGUGACGACGGUGGAGGGCAUUGGAAGCACCAAGACACGCCUGCAUCCGGUCCAAGAGCGCCUGGCCAAGGCACAUGGUUCGCAAUGUGGUUUCUGCACUCCAGGAAUCGUGAUGUCCAUGUACGCGCUCCUGCGCAAUGCGGAGCAACCGUCCAUGCGGGAUCUGGAGGUGGCGUUCCAGGGCAACUUGUGCCGCUGCACUGGCUACCGGCCGAUCCUGGAGGGCUACAAGACCUUCACCAAGGAGUUUGCCUGCGGGAUGGGCGACAAGUGCUGCAAGGUUAAUGGCAAGGGAUGUGGAUCCGAUUCGACUACGGAUGACAAGUUGUUUGAGCGCAGCGAGUUUCAGCCAUUAGAUCCCAGUCAGGAACCGAUCUUCCCACCGGAACUUCAGCUGAGUGAGGCCUACGACUCUGAGAGCUUAGUCUUCAGAUCACAGAGGGUGACCUGGUUUCGCCCAACCACUCUGAAAGAGCUUCUCCAGCUUAAGGCUCAGCAUCCUUCGGCUAAAGUGGUAGUGGGAAACACUGAGGUGGGCGUGGAGGUCAAGUUCAAGCACUUCCUCUAUCCAUAUCUGAUCAAUCCCACUCAGGUGAAGGAAUUGCUUGAGGUGCGAGAGUCUCAGGACGGUAUCUACUUCGGUGCCGCUGUCAGUCUGAUGGAGAUCGAUGCUCUCCUCAGAGAGAAGAUCCAGCAGUUGCCAGAGACAAGCACGCGUCUCUUCCAGUGCACCGUCGACAUGCUCCACUACUUCGCCGGCAAGCAGAUCCGUAAUGUAGCCUGCCUGGGUGGCAACAUAAUGACCGGCAGUCCCAUUUCCGACAUGAAUCCUGUGCUUUCAGCGGCGGGGGCCCGACUUGAGGUUGCAAGCUUUGUGGAUGGCAAGCUACGAAAGAGAAUAGUUCACAUGGGAGAGGGUUUCUUCACAGGAUAUCGACGGAAUGUGAUAGAACCCCAAGAGGUUCUCCUGGGCAUUCACUUCCAAAAGACUACGCCCGAUCAGCAUAUGGUGGCCUUCAAGCAGGCCAGGCGAAGGGACGACGACAUAGCCAUAGUGAAUGCUGCUGUAAAUGUCCGUUUCGAGGAGAAGUCCAAUGUGGUGGCGGAGAUAUCAAUGGCCUUUGGUGGCAUGGCGCCUACCACGGUGCUAGCCCCCAAGACCUCUCAGUUGAUGGCUGGACAAGAGUGGAACCACCAGUUAGUGGAGCGAGUGGCUGAGAGUCUGUGCACGGAGCUGCCCCUGGCUGCUUCUGCUCCUGGCGGCAUGAUUGCCUAUCGUCGGGCAUUGGUAGUGAGCUUGUUUUUCAAGGCCUUCCUGGCCAUUAGUCGGAAGUUGAUUGAUGCUGGGGUCAUUUCCUCGUCAGCCUUGUCGUCGGAGGAGCAGAGCGGUGCCGAUCUUUUCCACACUCCCGUCCUCAAGAGUGCCCAGCUCUUUGAACGGGUUUGCAGUGACCAGCCCGUCUGCGAUCCCAUUGGCAGACCCAAGAUCCAUGCUGCCGCUCUGAAACAGGCCACUGGAGAGGCCAUCUACACGGACGACAUACCCCGCAUGGAGGGUGAGUUGUAUCUGGCAUUUGUCCUGAGCACUAAAGCGAGAGCUAAGAUAACCAAGCUCGACGCCAGCGAAGCCCUAGCCUUGGAAGGAGUCCACCAGUUCUUCUCCCAUAAAGAUCUAACGGAGCACGAGAACGAAGUGGGCCCCGUGUUCCACGACGAGCAUGUCUUUGCCGCUGGCGAAGUCCACUGCUAUGGCCAGAUUAUAGGCGCCAUUGCGGCGGAUAACAAGGCGCUGGCCCAACGAGCUGCUCGAAUGGUAAAAGUAGAGUACGAGGAACUGACGCCAGUGAUCGUGACCAUCGAGCAGGCUAUCGAGCAUGGAUCCUACUUUCCGGAUUAUCCGCGGUUCGUCACCAAGGGUAACGUGGAGGAGGCGUUGGCCCAGGCGGAACACACCUUUGAAGGCAGCUGUCGCAUGGGCGGACAGGAGCAUUUUUACCUAGAAACCCACGCUGCUGUGGCUAUUCCUCGGGACAGUGACGAACUGGAACUCUUCUGCUCCACUCAGCAUCCUUCGGAAGUGCAAAAGUUGGUGGCUCACGUAACGUCGCUUUCAGCCAACCGGAUUGUGUGCCGAGCCAAGCGAUUGGGAGGAGGUUUCGGUGGCAAGGAGUCCCGGGGCAUUUCGGUAGCACUUCCAGUGGCUUUGGCCGCCUACAGGACAGGCCGUCCCGUACGCUGUAUGCUGGAUCGGGAUGAGGACAUGCUGAUAACAGGUACCCGACAUCCGUUCCUGUUUAAAUAUAGGGUGGGCUUCACCAAGGAGGGUCUGAUUACGGCCUGCGACAUUGAGUGCUAUAACAACGCUGGCUGGUCCAUGGAUUUGUCCUUUUCGGUCCUGGAACGCGCCAUGUACCACUUCGAGAACUGUUACCGAAUUCCCAAUGUCCGAGUGGGUGGCUGGGUGUGCAAGACGAACCUUCCAUCUAAUACGGCUUUCCGAGGCUUCGGCGGUCCGCAGGGAAUGUACGCCGGCGAGCACAUCAUCCGGGAUGUGGCUCGGAUCGUUGGUCGCGAUGUGCUGGAUGUGAUGCGUUUAAAUUUCUACAAGACGGGUGACUACACGCAUUACAACCAGCAGCUGGAGCACUUCCCCAUCGAACGUUGUCUGGAGGAUUGCCUCCAGCAGUCGCGGUACACCGAGCGGUGUAAGGAAAUAGCCAACUUUAAUGCGAAGAAUCGGUGGCGCAAACGCGGAAUAGCCGUGGUGCCCACCAAGUACGGCAUUGCCUUUGGGGUUAUGCACUUGAACCAAGGCGGUUCCCUGAUCAACAUCUAUGGCGAUGGGUCCGUGCUGCUUUCGCACGGCGGGGUUGAAAUUGGCCAAGGCCUAAACACGAAGAUGAUUCAGUGCGCUGCCCGGGCCCUUGGAAUCCCCGUGGAACUGAUUCACAUAGCGGAGACGGCCACCGAUAAAGUACCGAAUACCUCGCCCACGGCGGCAAGUGUGGGAUCGGAUAUCAAUGGUAUGGCUGUGCUGGAUGCCUGCGAGAAGUUGAACAAGCGGCUAGCUCCCAUCAAAGAGGCACUGCCUGGAGGCACCUGGAAGGAGUGGAUCAAUAAGGCGUAUUUCGACCGGGUUAGUCUCUCGGCCACCGGGUUCUAUGCCAUGCCAGGAAUUGGUUACCAUCCCGAAACGAAUCCCAAUGCCCGCACCUAUAGCUACUACACGAACGGCGUGGGCGUCAGUGUGGUGGAGAUCGAUUGUCUGACCGGGGACCAUCAGGUGCUCAGCACGGACAUUGUAAUGGACAUCGGGUCGAGUUUAAAUCCGGCCAUAGACAUUGGACAGAUCGAGGGAGCAUUCAUGCAGGGCUAUGGACUUUUUACGCUGGAGGAGCUCAUGUACUCGCCGCAGGGCAUGCUUUACUCCAGAGGCCCGGGCAUGUACAAGCUGCCCGGAUUUGCUGACAUACCCGGCGAGUUCAAUGUUAGCCUGCUGACCGGAGCACCCAAUCCCAGAGCGGUUUAUUCCUCCAAGGCCGUGGGCGAACCACCCCUCUUCAUAGGGUCCUCUGUCUUCUUUGCCAUUAAGGAGGCCAUUGCAGCCGCUCGCAAGGAUCAGGGUUUGACUGGUGACUUCUACUUGGAAGCUCCCUCUACCUCGGCCCGCAUUCGCAUGGCUUGCCAGGAUAAAUUCACCAAUUUGCUUGAAGUCCCUGAGGCAGGAACGUUUACUCCCUGGAACAUUGUGCCCUAGAACAAGUUUUUCUGUUUUUGACUAUUGUUAAAUGAUGCUAAAUAUAAUCUGAAAGAAAAUGCUACUGUUAAAAAAAGAAAUAUUUGUACCCUUUUUUAAGAAAGUAAAUGUGCCAAAGUGUGACAACAUACUUAGCUAAAAAAUUAAAA